UCAUUUGCAAUCAUUGUAGCUCUUCUUCUCCUAUCAUAAGGUGACCAACACGUGGCGACGUCGGAUUGUGGACUGAGAUAAAUUAUGGGGAGGGCGACAUGGUUCGAAGCUGAUGGGACGAAGAGAGGAGAAUGGACGGAGGAGGAAGACCGGAAACUCGUCGCUUAUAUCGACGUAUACGGUAUCGGUGACUGGCGUUUCCUACCUCACAAAGCUGGUUUGCAGAGAUGUGGAAAGAGCUGCAGAUUAAGGUGGCUUAACUAUCUAAGGCCUGGGGUCAAGAAAGGCAAAUUCACUCCUCACGAAGAACAAGUUAUCAUCAGUUUUCAUUCUAUUCUCGGGAACAGGUGGGCAACCAUAGCGCAGCAAAUGCCGGGUCGAUCAGACAACGACAUCAAGAACCAUUGGAACUCUUGCCUUAAGAAAAGACUCGAGAGAAACGGAAUCGACCCAAUGACCCACCAGCCAAUCAUCAACCUCGACGUCAAAACACAGUCGUUUAACACAGAUUGCGGUAGCUCUUCCUGCUCGACGGCGAGUCCAUCUUCUUCUUCAUUCUCCUCGGGCUCGUCCCGUCUCCUUAACAAGAUCGCCACUGGUAUCUCAUCUAGGCAACACAGUGUCGACAGGAUCAAGAACAUCUUGUCGGAUCCGACAAUCACAAGCAUUAAUGGUCGAGAAGAAGGACUCGAACUGCUGAAGAUAGAUCAUGGGAAGAUGUUAGCUAGUGAUGAUCAAGAAGAUGAUUUUCUGAUGUGGGACGAGGAGAAAACGAGACAUUUCAUGGAGGAGAUUGGUGUAAUGGAUUUCCACACGAAUGGGGUCUAUAACCCUAGCUCAUCAGCACAGUAUGGUGUUUAUGAGACUGGCCUACUUGGUGGUCAUCUCAAUUGAUGAAUCGAUGGGUACUGUGUGAAAUUAUCGUUUGUGUAUUUACUUACCAGACAUUCUUCUUUUUUUACGUUGUUGUAACAAAUUAAGAAUUAUAUUCAUCGAAAAGAAUAAUACUCUCUUUGGAUCCAAAGAAAAAAAGGAAUAUUAUUCAUAAAUAUUGUACCGACCAAGAGAAUAAUUUCCAAAAAGUCACAUCUCUAAGAACAUGGGUGCAGUGAAACAAAAACAUGAAACUUCAUGAGUUUGUCAUGUUCCACUAAUAGUGCAAUGAAUGAUAUGAAUGAUCGUAAAUAAAAUCUUAUUUAGUUUCUUUUAUUUUACUCUUCGUUGUGAGUUAUCAUGCAUCUUCUCCCUGGAUCAGUUGUGAAAAACAAGGAACAAAUAGCAACCGCAAUUUUUAAUAUAUAUGUUGACAAAUUGUUUCUCAUGCUUUAUGUCUUUCAUACGAAUAUACUUUACAAAUCAAAGCAAAGAAAAAAACAGCAUUGUGACAAUUGCUUCUUCUUCUUUUGUUCUGGUCCACACUACUUUGGAUUUUAAUUUUAUUUUAUAAUUUUAUGUAAUCGGUUUACGAAGUUGAUGUUUUUGUUUCUUUAUUAAUAAAUUAUUUUGAUAUUAACAAUAUUGUCCUUUUAAAGUGUUGUUUAUUAUUUGUAUCCGUAUUCUUGGUAAUCUGUAUCAGUCUAUCAGAGGUAGGAGGGGAAAAAUCAAGGAACAUCGGCAUCGCAAACCGGGCCUCGUGGUCUGGUGGUAUAGGAACCUCGGCUGAGGUGCCCGCCAUCACGAGUUCGAGGCCCGGCCACAGCGGAUUUAACAUGGUUUCCGUUUGGCCGCCAGGACCCUCCAGUUCCGGUUUGACGCGGUGGGAUAGUCGGACUUAGGUCCGGAUACCUGGAUUAUCAAAAAAAAAAAAAAAACAACGGCAUCGCAGUGAGUUAUGUUACGUCAUGUAUGUGUUGAAAUAUCAAUAUCUACGGAGUGAAGUCUCAAACGACAUCCUCAGGACCACAUGUAAAACAUCGUCGUUACAGCCACGUGGAAAAUGCACCUCGUUGUCAUAUUUCGCAUUUAGUCACGUGAUAGUUAUGCGCUCAGUUGAUAAUGAGUAGACGAGUAUUAAUUAAGAUUGGAAGCAUUUUUUUUUGAUUUUGUUGAUUAUUGAUAGAUUGACAGCAGUAUGUUCAUGGGAACAAAAACUUGACUAUAAUAUGAACACUAGAGAAAAAUUGAAUUAGAGUUUUUCUUCUAAACUAAAGUUAUAACAUAUAUUACCAACUAAGAUUACAAAUAUAGAUAUAGUAUAUUCAUAAAAUCUGUAUAUUUGAUUGAUCAGAACUUUGACUAAGGUUUUUAAUUUACUUUGGUUCUCUCAGCAAUUUUGGGAUAAUAUAUGUAAAAUAUAUCUCUUACAAUAUUUUUCUUAUAUCUCUCACAUAUG